GACCACACAGCCGGGGCGGUGCAGAGGUGCUUUCUCUGCUGGAGGGAAAGGCCUGGCUUCUUCCUGAAGCUGCCCCGGGCCAGGGAAAGCAGCAUGGACGCAGGAGUGGUUUAUCCUCUGUCGGACUCCCCCACUGCCAAGAUGUCCCAGUCACCUCCGGCUGAUGAAGGCAGCACGUUCGCCCACCUCUGGAGCACUCUGGAGCCAGACAGCACCUACUUCGACCUCCCUCCAGCCACCCACACCGGCAGCAAUGAGGUCUCCAACCAGACAGAGGUCACCAUGGACGUCUUCCAGAUGAGAGGCAUGAACGACUCGGUGAUGUCCCAGUUCAAUUUGCUGAACAACAGCAUGGAUCAGAGCAUCGGCAGCAGAGCAGCCUCCACCAGCCCCUACAGCUCCGAGCACACCUCCAAUGUCCCAACGCAUUCUCCCUACUCGCAGCCCAGCUCUACCUUCGACGCCAUGUCCCCGGCUCCCGUCAUCCCCUCCAACACCGACUACCCCGGCCCACACCACUUCGAGGUGACCUUCCAGCAAUCCAGCACCGCCAAGUCAGCCACCUGGACAUACUCCCCCCUGCUGAAGAAGCUCUACUGUCAGAUCGCCAAGACAUGCCCCAUCCAGAUCAAGGUGUCCACGCCGCCGCCCCCGGGCACCAUCAUCCGGGCCAUGCCCGUGUACAAGAAGGCAGAGCACGUCACCGAGGUGGUGAAGCGCUGCCCCAACCACGAGCUCGGCCGCGACUUCAACGACGGCCAGUCAGCCCCUGCCAGCCACCUCAUCCGGGUGGAAGGCAACAACCUGUCGCAGUACGUGGAUGACCCGGUGACAGGCCGGCAGAGCGUGAUGGUGCCCUACGAGCCCCCGCAGGUGGGGACCGAGUUCACCACCAUCCUGUACAACUUCAUGUGCAACAGCAGCUGCGUGGGAGGGAUGAACAGGAGGCCCAUCCUCAUCAUCAUCACCCUGGAGACGAGAGAUGGCCAGGUCCUGGGCAGGAGAUCCUUCGAGGGACGGAUCUGUGCCUGCCCCGGCAGGGACCGAAAGGCCGACGAGGAUCAUUUCCGGGAGCAGCAGGCGCUGAACGAGAGCGCGGCCAAGAACGGCAACGCCAACAAGCGCACGUUCAAGCAGAGCCCCCAGAGCAUCCCAGCGCUGGGGACCGGCAUCAAGAAACGGAGGCACGGGGAGGAGGAGAUGUACUACGUGCCUGUUCGGGGCCGGGAGAACUUUGAGAUCCUGAUGAAGAUAAAGGAGAGCCUGGAGCUGGUGGAGCUGGUCCCGCAGCAGCUGGUCGAUUCCUACCGGCAGCAGCAGCAGCAGCUCCUGCAGAGGCAGAGCCAGCUGCAGACACCUUCCUCCUACGGACCCGUCCUCUCCCCCAUGAACAAAGUCCACAGCGCAGGGAUCAACAAGCUGCCCUCUGUGAACCAGCUGGUGGGGCAGCCAGCACAGCACGGCCCCGGCACUGCGCCCAGCCUGGGCCCCAUGGGACCUGGAAUGCUGAACAGCCAUCCCAUGCAGCCCAACGGGGAAAUGAACGGGGGCCACUCGUCCCAGUCCAUGGUGUCGGGGUCCCACUGCACCCCCCCGCCGCCCUACAACCCCGACCCCAGCCUCGUCAGUUUUUUAACAGGAUUGGGGUGUCCAAACUGCAUCGACUAUUUCACCUCACAAGGGUUACAGAAUAUUUACCACCUGCAGAACCUAUCCAUAGAGGAUCUCGGAGCACUGAAGAUCCCGGAGCAGUACAGGAUGAUCAUCUGGCGGGGUCUGCAGGAGCUCAAGCAGAGCCACGACUAUGGGGCCCAGCAGCUGAUCCGCUCCAGCAGCAACGCCUCCACCAUCUCCAUCGGCAGCUCCGGGGAGCUGCAGCGGCAGCGGGUGAUGGAGGCCGUGCACUUCCGCGUGCGCCACACCAUCACCAUCCCCAACCGCGGCAACGCCGACGACUGGGCCGACUUCGGCUUCGACCUCCCGGACUGCAAAUCCCGCAAACAGUCCAUAAAGGAGGAAUUCACGGAGGGAGAGAUCAACUGAGCGGCUCCGGAGGCGGCAGCGAGAGACCAGGGGGGAGCCGAGCCCCCCAUGAAAUGUGUUUGCAGCCUCGGGCGCCUGGAGAAGGGUCAUUUUGUUGUCCGAGGGGAACUGCGGGCCCUGAGCCGGGCGGGAGGCGCCUGCCCCGGGGAGGAGACUGCGGUGGCUUCGGCCGAGGUGAGGAGGAGGAGGAAGAGGAGGAGGAGGAGGGCAGCCAAGCCAGCUCAGCAGCUGCAGUGGGAUUUCCGCCUGCCUGUGGCACGGGAGGCACCGGCUGGUCUGUGUUUUCCUGGAGCAUCCCUGCAUCCCACAGACGUGGUGUAAGGACAGCACGUUUUUCUCAUCCCUGCUCACUGACCCUGUCUGUGUUCCCUGGGUUGUCCCAAACCCACAGGGCUUUGUCACUGCAGCACAGACUCAGCCCUCACCUGUGCAGGCAUCGCCAGGACUGAGGCGAAGCCACAUCCUGCUUUCCCGACAGACUGCCAAACCCUACCCUCAGCCCUCUCUAGAGCUGGAAAGAACCUGUUUGUCUGUUCCUGAUGUGUUCUUGUACUUAAAUAUUGGUGUAUAUAAACAGCAGCAAAUGUACAUACAGUAAACUCAUUGUGCUGUAAGGAGAGAGAAAGAUUUAUUUUCAUGUAAGCUAUAAAAAUUGAUACUGACUCCUGAGACA